CACCCAGCAGGCGCUGCGCAGCACUGGGAUCCGCACCCGCGUCGCAGCCCGGCCAGCCUGCUCCGCGCUCGCCUGCCCGUCUGCCCGCCGGCCCCGCGCACCCUUGCUGCCGCCGGUCUGCGCCCAGCCACCCCACGGGCACCAUGCACCUCUCCCAGCUGCUGGCCUGCGCCCUGCUGCUCGCGCUACUCUCGCUCCGGCCCUCCGAAGCCAAGCCCGGGGCGCCGCCGAAGGUCCCGCGCACUCCGCCAGGGGAGGAGGUGGCCGAGCCCCAGGCUGCGGGCGGAGGUCAGAAGAAGGGCGACAAGACUCCCGGGGGCGGCGGCGCCAAUCCCAAGGGCGACCGGUCGCGACUGCUCCGGGACCUGCGCGUGGACACCAAGUCUCGGGCGGCGUGGGCCCGUCUUCUGCAAGAGCACCCCAACGCGCGCAAAUACAAGGGAGGCAACAAGAAGGGUUUGUCCAAGGGCUGCUUCGGCCUCAAGCUGGACAGGAUCGGCUCCAUGAGCGGCCUGGGAUGUUAGUGCGGCGACCCCUGGCGGCGCCAGACUUGGCCAGGCUGUGUGCUCCUCCUUCAGGGGCUUCGUUUGUCUGAGAUCUUGACUUGCCAUGAUUUUUGCACUAGUGGACCAGCCUUUAGAAGCUACCAUUGUGAUGGGUUUGUUCUAUUCCCUCCUGUCUCAACAAUGAAGAGAUGGAGCCACAGGCGUCAAAUUUUCAAUUUGUGAGUUAAGCACCAAGUUCAAACUUCAGAAUCCAAACAAAUGUUAUUCUAUGAGUUAGCAGGAGAUGAGGUCCUGGCAAAUGCCUGGCAUGCACGUCCCCAUAGACCCCUUGUUCUUGGAUGAGACUGUCUGUGGGUACCAGGUGUUCGUGGAGAGAGGUACUCCGCAGGGGGAAUCCAGGUUGCUAAGACUUCUUGACCCCUUUGGCCAGGGAAGUUUGUCAACCUCCUGGAAGUUCUCUUUUUGCUGAAUGCCCACCUCCAACACCUUUAACCUUCUCCACCCCACCCUCACCCCCAGCCCCGUGAGAAGGCAGAGCAUCCUUCCUGCCGCCUGCAACCUCCUAGUGGAGAUGCCUAGGGUAUCUCACUGGGCUUAAAAGAGAAAGACAGCUUAGGGUUUUCCCAUUAAUGAAAGCUGUUCCGAGGCUGUGGCCAUUUCUCUACACAGGAGCUGACUUUGGCUCUAACCAGCUGCCAUAAUGACUGUCGCUGAUGGUUAUAGCCUUGAUUAUAAAAUGCUAAUGGCAG